AUGAAUUGCCCUCAUCAUGAACAAAAUCCCAUCAAUUUGGUAUGCCUGGCCCCUCAUAAUUGUUAAUGCUCAAGGAAACUGUGUAUUGAGUGCCUUAAUUAACAUGGGGUCCAUGUUUAAUAUAUAGUGACAAACAGUUAAUUACAAAAAAGGCUUAUCAAUAAAUUGGUAGAAUACGAGCUUCAUGAGAAAUAAACAGUUGAAAAAAAGAAAACAUAAUUUACAAAUUUGCUUUCUAGAACUAAGGGUAGUCUGGAGAAAAUUUUGGAGGAAUAAUCAGAAUCACUUGAAUAAAUAUACUGUACCAUUGAAAUUUACAACCAAUCUUUUCAUGAUCUUAUCCAUGAAGGUGAUAAUUUAGCAGAACUCCCAUAAACCAAACUAGAACAAUUAGUAUAAAUUCUAGAAGGAACAUCAUUAGAGAAAUGGAAGUAGGUGAAAAAUUCCUAUUUGAUGAAAUUGUAAAGUGUAAAAAAAUAGUGGAAUAAGGAUAGAAAGGAUUUUAUAAAAAAGUAGAAGAAAAUUAAAAAAGUGUUUGAGGCAUUAAUGAAGUCAAUAAACUUGCAAGAAGAAGUUUUUGAAGAGAAAAAAGAAUGUUAUGAUCUUUUAGCUUCCUUAAAUGAUAUUGAUGUGCGAAUAUUCAAUAUAAUAAUUGAAAAGGCAAGAUAAGCUGGAAUUUCUGAUAUUCUGGUAUUUCUAUCAAAUGAAUAAAAUCAAUAACUUUUAGAAGAACUCGCUAGAGAAAGAGAUAUAAAUUUAGGAAGAAAUAACAUUAAUAAAAUCAUUGAUGUUAUCAGAAAUAUUAAAAAACAUGACUUUAAUUAAAAUAAUUAUUCUACCGAAAUCCAUUUAAAUAGUAAAAUGAAUCUCACACAAAAAAUAUCACAAGAUUAGAAAAUUAUUUAAUUUUUAAUAUUUUUAGUUCGCCUGACAGGAAUAGAUAAUUAAUUCAUCUAAUGUGGCUCAAAUUCACUCAAUAUACUAGUUGAAAUGAAGGUUGAUCUGACAUUACAGUUUUUUUAAAAUGUUAGGAUUUAAAAUACUUCUUUGAUUGGAGGGAAUUUCGUUAGAUGUAAUUUUAAUGAAUCUGAAUUUGAAAAUGUAGAUAUUAGUGGAAUAAAUUUGAAUGGGGCUAAAUUAUUGAACUGCAAAUGGAAAAAUUUAAGAAUUUAAGAGUCACUUCAAUUAGAGGGUCAUAGUGAUUAAGUGGUUACUGUAUGUUUCUCUCCUAAUGGUACUACAUUAGCAUCUGGUAGUGAAGAUAAGUCUAUUCGUUUAUGGGAUGUUAAGACAGGACAAUAAAAAUUUAAAUUAGAUGGACACUCUCAUGCUGUACUUUCACUAUGCUUCUCUCCUGAUGAAACUACAUUAGCAUCUGGUAGUGAAGAUAAAUCUAUUCGUUUAUGGGAUGUUAAGACAGGACAAUUAAAAUUUAAAUUAGAUGGACACACUCAUGCUGUACUUUCACUAUGCUUCUCUCCUGAUGAAACCACAUUAGCAUCUGGUAGUGAAGAUAAGUCUAUUCGUUUAUGGGAUGUUGAGACAGGACAAUAAAAAUUUAAAUUAGAUGGACAUAAUGAUUCUGUUCAAUCGGUAUGCUUCUCUUCUGAUGGUACUAAACUAGCAUCUGGUAGUUUAGAUAAGUCUAUCCGCAUAUGGAAUGUUGAGUUAGGACAAGUAAAAGCAAAAUUGAAUGGUCACAAGGAUUCAGUUCUAUCAGUAUGCUUUUCUCCUGAUGAUACUGCAUUAGCGUCUGGUAGUUGUGAUAAAGAAAUAUUUUUAUGGGAUGUUAAAACAGGAAAACGAAUGAAAUAAUUCUUUGGUCAUACUCAUUUUAUAUAAUCAAUAUGCUUUUCUCCUAACGGUACAACAUUAGCAUCUGGUAGUGUGGAUAAGUCUAUCCGUUUAUGGGAUGUCAAAACAGGAUAAUAAAAAGCCAAAUUUGAUAGUCAUAGUGGUACUGUAUACUCCGUCUGCUUCUCUCCUGAUGGAAAUACAUUAGCUUCUGGUAGUAGUGAUAUGUCUAUCCGUUUAUGGGAUAUUCAGACAAGUAAUGAAAUUUUACCUUCCAAUAAUAAUCAUACAGGUAUUCUAGGAAGUAAUUAUUUUAAUUAUUUUAGCUGACACUUUUAUUACAAUUCUUGUUAUAUCCCAAAAUCCAAAAAUUUAAGCAUAAGGAGCUCAAGUUUCAAACGGAGAAUUCACAAAUAAUUAAGGUGUUGAUAUAAGACCUUUACUAGAAUGA